CUACAGUAAUACAAAAGAACAGAAACAAUAAUUUUAAGAAAUAAAAAUGUUGAAACUCUAUUUUUUAAUAUUUAUUAAAGUAGUUUCACUAUUUCCGCAGUUGAUUAGAGCGGAAUGUUGUUUAACAACGACAAUAUCGUUUAGAUCUUUAGAAAGAAAUUGCCUGGAUUUUGGAGGAUUUAAUGCUGUAAGACCAAGCCAAUGGACUGAGGAUAAUUUUCUUCGAUUACUGUGUAAAAUUGAUAUUUGUGACGAUGGAAGACCAGUAACUGAAGGUGCAUAUUGUGGCAAUGGUCCUUGUAAUAUUUUUGGUUGUAAUUGUGACAAUGGUUGUCGAAAAGGGGAAAAUCAAUUAGAAUUAUUUAAAGACAUUUAUAAAUCUGAUAUUAAAUGGGCCAAUUAUUAGUUAAUAUAUUUUUUAUAGCCAAGACAAAAUUUGUU